AUAAAGGGCUUUUUGCCCCCUUUGCUCAUUCUUCUUCUCCUUGCUGCUACCAUGUGAAGAAGAACAUGUUUGCUUCCCCUUCCACUAUGAUUGUAAGUUUCCUGAGACCUCCCAACCCUGCUGUACUGUGAGUCAAUUAAAACUCUUUCCUCCCCUUCUGCGUGGUCACACCGAGCCAGUGCCUGGGCCUGGAACUGGGCCACAGCUCCCCAGCUUUGCCCACCACUUCCCUACCAUGGACCCCUGCAAAGUGAACGAGCUUCGGGCCUUUGUGAAAAUGUGUAAGCAGUAUCUGAGUGUUCUGCACACCGAGGAAAUGCUCUUCCUGAGGGAGUGGGUGGAGAGCAUGGUGGGUAAAGUACCAUCUGCUUCUCAGAAAGCUAAAUCAGAAGAAAAUACCAAGGAAGAAAAACCUGAUAGUAAGAAGGUGGAGGAAGACUUAAAGGCAGACGAACCAUCAAGUGAGGAAAGUGAUCUAGAAAUUGAUAAAGAAGUUGUGAUUGAACCAGACGCUGCUGCCCCUCAAGAAAUGGGAGAUGAAAAUGCAGAGAUAAUGGAGGAGAUGAUGGAUCAGGCAAACGAUGAGAAAGUGGCUGCUAUUGAAGCCCUAAAUGAUGGUGAACUCCAGAAAGCCAUUGACUUUUUCACAGAUGCCAUCAAGCUGAAUCCUUGCUUGGCCAUUUUGUAUGCCAAGAGGGCCAGUGUCUUCGUCAAAUUACAGAAGCCAAAUGCUGCCAUCCGAGACUGUGACAGAGCCAUUGAAAUAAAUCUUGAUUCUGCUCAGCCUCACAAGUGGUGAGGGAAAGCACACAGACUUCUAGGCCACUGGAAAGAAGCAGCCCAUGAUCUUGCCCUUGCCUGUAAAUUGGAUUAUGAUGAAGAUGCUACUAGUGCAACGCUGAAAGAAGUUCAACCUAGGGCACAGAAAAUUGCAGAACAUUGGAGAAAGUAUGAGCAAAAACGUGAAAAGUGAGAGAUCAAAGAAAGAAU